AGUGAAAGCCGCGGGCGCGCGCAGAUUAAACAGGCGUGGGUGCAAUUUACUCAAGGACUGCGCGGGAGCGCGCCUCAAAGUCCGUGAGCACUUCUCUUAGACACUUCCGGGUCACUCGGAACCUUCCUGACCGAAAAGGACGAUUCCAUAACUGGCUCUCACUUCUUGCUCCCAACGGCCGUGUUUCCGACGGCACGUGAAGGCAGCAGUGCUCUUCGUAACAGUCAUCAAUCUGAAGAGGAAAGGAGCCAUGGCUGCACUGUUCUCAGCGAGGAGAGGUGAGGGGGACAAGAGGAGGACACGAGGAGGACACGAGGAGACACGCGAAGGACACGAGCAGCUUUACCCAGCUCUCUCGUGGAGUUACACACCGGAGACACCGCUAUGCGACACAGCUAGCCCCUCCGCUACGAGCUAGCCGGCUAGUUCUGAUCAAUAACUCUAUUAUCAGCUGUCGAUUCCUGAUCGGUGAUGGUGAUUAUUGAUUAAAAACAGUCGAACAAGAAGUGUUGUUGGUUCACACGGGGUUGACACCUGUCACACGGAGAGGAAGGUGACGAGGAGGAGGAGGACCUUUCACCUGCAUAGCAUCCAGCGAACUGGAGAGCCGGUGGCCUGGCCGUGUGUCUCUCUGGCCGGCGCCGUCUCUCCCAGCUGGCGGAGCUUCCUGAGACUCACCAGCUGCUCAGACAAACGUGCCGAGACUUUGCCGACCGGGAGCUGGUCCCCAUCGCAGGCCGGCUGGACAAGGACCACGCCUACCCUGCUCAACAAGUACACACACACACACACAGGGCCGCUAGUCGAGUGGCGCUCGGCGCUCUCUGACCCUGAGCGGCUCCGCUCCAGGUCCGGGCCUUGGGGGCGAUGGGGGUCAUGGCCAUCGAGGUCCCAGAGGAGCUGGGGGGGGCGGGCAUGGACUGCCUGGCCUACAGCCUGGCCAUGGAGGAGGUCAGCCGCGGCUGCGCCAGCACCGGGGUGGUGGUGUCCGUCAACAACUCGCUCUACAUCGGGCCGAUCCUGAAGAACGGCACCGAGGAGCAGAAGAAGAAAUGGAUCACACCGUUUACCACCGGAGAGAAAGUGGGCUGCUUCUGUCUCAGUGAGCCAGGUAACGGCAGCGACGCGGGCGCGGCCUCCACCACGGCGCGUGAGGACGGGUCCGAUUGGGUCCUGAGCGGCACCAAGGCGUGGAUCACCAACAGCUGGGAGGCCGCCGCCGCCGUCGUGUUCGCCACCACGGACCGCUCGCUCCGGCACAAGGGCAUCAGCGCCUUCCUGCUGCCCAUGCCCCACCCCGGCCUGUCGCUGGGCAAGAAGGAGGACAAGCUGGGCAUCCGGGCCUCGUCCACCGCCAACGUCAUCCUGGACGACUGCCGGGUCCCCAGGGACCACAUGCUGGGGCCCCGGGGGGCCGGAUUCAAGAUCGCCAUGCAAACCCUGGACAGCGGGCGUAUCGGCGUGGCGUCUCAGGCGCUCGGCAUCGCUCAGGCGUCUCUGGAAUGCGCCGCCAACUACGCCCACAAGCGCACGGCGUUCGGGGCGCCCAUCGGCAAGCUGCAGGCCAUCCAGUUCAAGCUGGCUGACAUGUCCGUGGCCGUGGAGAGCGCUCGUCUUCUCACCUGGAAGGCGUCUCUCCUCCGAGAUGCAGGGAAGCCCUUCACCAAGGAAGCAGCCAUGGCCAAACUGUCUGCGUCUGAAGCCGCCACCUUCUGCUCCCACCAGGCCAUCCAGGUGCUGGGGGGGAUGGGCUACGUGACCGACAUGCCGGCCGAGCGUCAUUACCGGGACGCUCGCAUCACGGAGAUCUACGAGGGAACCAGUGAGAUCCAGAGGCUGGUGAUCGCAGGACAGGUGCUGAAGGAGUACCAGACAUAGAGGAGGAGCUUCAUGGGGAGGAGGAGCUUCACAUAGAGGAGGAGGAGCUUCAUGGAGGAGGAGGAGCUUCCCUCCAGAUGAAGGUAUCAUGAAGGAGGUUUAGAUCAAAGACCACAAUCCAGAAGGACUUUAACCGAGUACGUCUCUGGUUUAAAGGGGCAGUACGCCUUUAUUUAAACACGUUUAAAAUAAGACUUGAAGCCACCCACUGCAGAACGUUCCUGAGGUUCUUCGUGUCCUGAGGUUCUUCAUGUUCUUCACCCUCACAGUCCUCCACUCUGCAUGUAUUUAUUUUCAUAGUCAUAUUUGUUAGUCUCCUGCCUGCCACUUUAAAGCAGUAAACAAUGUAAUGCUGCAUUUCUAUAAACAACAACAGGUUUAUUUGUCACUAAUAAAAUCAGAUUAUUAACUUAUUUUACUUCAGAACCUUUUAUUUAAAAAUAUAUAUAUAUAUUUGGAGAAUGCCCCCUAAAUCUCGUGAAUACGAUUCACGCUGUGAUUUGAGUAAAUAAAAAACAUUUUAAUUUAAUUUUUAAAUAACCGCUGAGUUGCAGUGAGCGCGUUUGACCGGCAGAGGGCGUCAGAGAGCCGGCGGGAUGGUGAGAGUUCAUCCCGAGCGGCUGUGGUUCACCUUGUGCCUCCAGAACUUGUACAUAUCUGUAUGUUAUUUAAUAUAUGCAGAUAAUAAUAAUAAAAACACAAUGACGGGA